GCCAUCGACAUCGUCAAUGGCAACUUUCUGCUAAAGAGAGCGCUUGUUGUCCCCGCCUUGUUUACGGGACAAAACUUGUCGAUACACCGAUUUUUGCAAGCCGCGUUAGCCAUUUUACGACGGCGGAAAAAGCGUCCUUCAGCAUGUCGACGCUCCCGCUACCUAAGGCACUCACCCAACGGAGAACCAACAGCCUCGACCAAGAGAAAGAGAACUUUGAGAAGUCGCAAGCUAUCAGCAUCAGCAAGGCCGUCAAUUCCCAAGAAUGUCCUGUGAAGGAGAAGCAUGUCAGGAGCACCAUCAUUGGCACCUUCCACGAGAAGGGGGCACACACCUUCUGGAGCAUUGUGCUGAAGCUGCCUCUCCAGGAGAAUCCUAUCGUGUGCUGGAAAUUCUGUCACGUGGUUCACAAGCUUCUCAGGGAAGGAUACCAUAGGGUGAUCCCAGACUCUCUUCGUUACCGCCAGACCUUCCUGGAGUUUGGCAAACUCUGGGGUCUGCUGAAAGAAGGCUACGGAAAGCUGAUUCAAUGUUACUGCCGUCUUAUUGUCGCCAAACUCAAUUUUCACUAUAGGAACCCCAAGUUUCCCGGCAACCUGGUUGUCUCGGACGACGCCUUGGACGACAUUGGGGAGGGCGACGUGAACGUCUUUUUCCAAGUAACAUGUGAAAUGUUCGACUACAUGGACGAGAUCUUGGCACUUCAGCAGGCAGUGUUUGGCUCCCUGGACAUGGCCCGGUCCAACUCGAUGACCAACUCGGGCCAAUGCCGCCUGGCUCCCCUCAUCCCCUGCAUCCAGGACUCGAGCCAGCUGUACGACUACAUCGUCAAGGUGCUCUUCAAGCUGCACGCAGCGCUGCCAGCAGACACCUUGGCCGGCCACAGGGAGCGAUUCCUCAAGCAGUUCAAACUGCUGCAGCAGUUUUACUUAAGUUCAGUGAACCUGCAAUACUUCAAGCACCUGAUUCAAGUUCCCCUUCUGCCAGAGAACCCUCCGAACUUCCUGGUGGCAUCUGACCUGAGCUCCCACGUGAGCCCCGUGGUGAUCCUGCCACCCCAGAACGAGACGCCGGAGAACGAGCCCGUGGACGCCACACUGGUCGACACCUCCAUUCCACAGUCGGAAAAGUUUGACCAGAUGUUUGGAUCUGGGGGAGAUGUGUCGGACCUGAACAGUACUGAAAGCGACGACUCGGAGAAGGACCGGCUGAUAGCGCAGCUGAUGCGCGAGAACUGCGAGCUACGCAUGGAGCUGCAGCGUGUGCGGGUGGAGGACCAGCGUGCCAUGGACGACCUCCGGCGCCAGCUGGCCGCCAUGGACUCCCAGCUGGCCGAGCACGAGCGCACCAUCCGGGACUUGGGACAGGAAAAGGAGGUCCUGCAGACGACGGCUACGACGGGCUGCGAAGCGACCAAGAAGGCAGAGGAGCUGGAGAAGAAAGCAAAGGCAAAUGAAGAGAAAUUCCACAAAAUGAAGGAGGUGUACAAUAAGCUCAGGGAGGAGCACAUUGGACUUCUGAGGGCGAAAGCGGACAUUGAGAAGCAGUUCACGUCGGUUAAAACAGUUGCCGAGAAUGCUGAGAAAGUUCGCCAAGAUCUCGGUGAUCAGCUGAGGGUAGCCAUGGAGGAGAAGAGAUCGGCCGAGGUGAGACUAGAGGACCUCAGUCUCAGGACCACCGAGGCCGACACGGUCACCCGAGAAAAUGCGCAGCUCAAGGAAAAUGUUCAGAGCCUGGAGGAGCGCCUGAAGGAAGUGGAGACAGAGCUGGCGCGGGGCAAGGAAGAGCACGAGGCGGUCGUGUCGGCCCUGGGUGCCAGCCACAGCCAGUUCCAGCAGGAGCUCAGGACCCGGGAGGCCUCCAACCUCUUCCGCAUCCUCGUUGGCGUGAUUCAUGAAGCGGAGGCCAUUGUGGGGAACUCGCUCGAGGAACUGGACAGACCUGGCCGCCAUGGCUGCGUGGGAACUCCAGAAUCCCUUUUGCAGCUGAGCUUAAUUACCUCUCAAGCACUGGACAGGCUGAACGGAGGCUUUGAGAAGUUCAGCAAGGAUUCCCAAGACGUGGAGGACCUGAUCCAGUCUGUGUGUCCUCUGGCACACAGCACCUCUCAGCUGAUCGGCACCGGCAAAGGGGUCUCUGAAGUGUCGCCCAACAUCGAACUAGGAGAAGAGUUGGCCCUCACCUGCCGCAACUUGGGCCAGCGGGCUUUGGUGCUCUUGAAAUCCCUGAGAUCUGAAGGGGACUCCCGCGCGGACGAGGUCCGGUCUGCGACAGAGGCGCUCCAGAAAUCGUUGGAGGCGGUCUCUGCGUCGAGCAGGGCCCUGUCAACGUCGCUGGGGGAGGCCGACACCCGCAAACUGGGCGACAUGGUCGAGGAGGAGCUCUCGCAGAUGGACAAGGCCAUCGAAGAGGCUGCAAAGCGCAUUCAGGACAUGUUGGAAAAAUCUCGGGAGGGCGACUCUGGCAUCAAGCUAGAAGUGAACAGCAAAAUUUUGGAUGCAUGCACAGGCAUUAUGCAGGCUAUUCGGGAACUGGUGAAGAGCUCCAAACACCUGCAGGAAGAGAUUGUGGGAAAGGAGAAGGGCUCCGCCUCCAAGAAAGAAUUCUACAGCCGGAAUCACCGGUGGACCGAAGGUCUCAUCUCGGCCGCCAAGGUAGUGGGCAUCGGAGCCAACUUCCUUGUCGACGCUGCGGACAAGGUGGUUGGGGGUCGUGCCAAGUUUGAGGAGCUGGUCGUGGCGAGCCAGGAGAUAGCGGGUGCCACGGCGCAGCUGGUGGUGGCCUCCAAGGUGAAGGCGGCCCGUGGCUCCGAGCGCCUUUCCGCCCUCUCCAAGGCCUCCAGGGGAGUCUCCGAAGCGACGGGGAACGUCGUGGCGACGGCCAAGGCUUGCGCCCAAAUGGUUGAGGACUCGGAGGUGCUCGACUUCUCCAGACUGACGCUGCACCAGGCAAAGCGACUCGAGAUGGACUCUCAAGUGCGGGUGCUUGAGUUGGAGAGCAGCCUGCAGAAGGAGCGGGUGCAGCUGGCAGGACUGCGGAAGCGGCACUACCACUUGGCCGGUGCCAGCGAGGGAUGGGAUGUCCGGGAGGAAAACGGAACAGCCUAGUAUGUUAUUCGCCUGGGGACAAGCCCACCCUCUUUCGGCCUCAUUCAAAAUGAGACAUUCAGAAGUCUGCUGCUAUGCUCGAAGGUCGGUGCUCAUCAGCAGACUGCAUUCAUCAUCCCGCGGUCAAGCUUCUGCUGCAAAAUCUCAACCCUGUCCGACAUUUGGAAAGGAGAGAAUGCCCUUUGCACACCCAUGUAGAGAAGCUGUGGCUGCCUGCUAUGGUAGAGUUUGGUUUAGGAGUCACUACUCUACCAGCACUGCCUGCAUGAACAGUUUUGUUUAGCGCCUUGGUUAUUCCGUGUUUGCGCUCGAAGGGAUGCUGGCUUGGGACAUGAGUUGAGGUGGUCGGAACAUGGCUAGGUGCUAGAGAUCAGUAGUCAAAAGCUGUAUAGGAGAAUUGUAGAAGGUGGAAACGUCAACUACGAGUGUUAGUUUGUGAAACAUGCGUGCACGUGAUGUGAUGGCCGCAAAGGCGGUUUAGCUCGGGCUUUUUUUCUAGGGUGUCAGGACGUCUGUUAGUUGAAAAGCAAUUCUGUAUCUGAAAUGAUGUCUGUUAUCUUUUUUUUACUGGUUUGGAGAAUAGUGUGUUUGGGUGCCGACGGAAUGACUACAAGCACCUGUUAUGAUGUACUACUUGCUUUUGGUGAGCUUGUGAAAAUAAGAAACGAUUAAUGCAUUUUUUUUUUGUUGUUAACACCUAUUUGAGAAAUUUUGGUGUUGGUAUGGUAUACUCUACACUCGAAGGGAGGACAGAACCUGCAGUUCAGUGGACCUUGAAGUAUAUUUGUAUGGGAUCUGGAGCUAUGGCAAAGGAUAUCUUUGUGUUUCCUUAAGUGUGCCAAUAUUUGUAUGUGCAAAUGUUUUUUUUUAUUUGGCUUGGCUUUUUGCUUCUGCUGUUACUUUUAUGUGUGUGGGUAUAGGAAUGGUUCUUGUUUAUGCACUAGGUUUGUUUAUAGUUGUAAUGAUUUAAAUUCAGAGAACACUGUCUGGUGUAUCAUGUUAUUUGGCAGUCAUACUGUUAUAUCAUGAUAUGUUUCAGAAUUAUGCUUGCAACAUGAUCUAUUUUUAACAUUAUACUAAUUUAAUAGAAAAAAAUAUUGUUUACUUUUUUCUUGCUUUGCAUCUGUUCUGCUUGAUUUUUGAGUUUCUGAACAUAGCUUACCAAAACGUUUGUGGUCUGAAGGUAUGAGCAAAAGGUUUUCAUUUAGAUCAGUUGUCUAAGCCUCUAGUAUGACUUUUCAUAUAACUUUAUAUGAAUAUUUGAGAGGUAUGCAUGCUUUAAGUGUGGCAUAAUUUAGAACUAGUAGCUGUUCAUUAACCUCGUUUGCAUUUGGUGGUUCAGGAAGGUGUUGAAGCAAAUGUGGUAGGAAGUGUUAGAAUGUGCCUGAGGGUAUUUUCUGGCUAUUGAACACCCUACCCUCUAUCUCUUCAGAGGUGUUACCAAGUUUAGUGUGUGCAUGUGGUACCUGAGCUAGAACCAAAGAUGUGCACUGAGAAUCGGAAACUUGUCCCUUUUUAACUGGUUAUUUCCUUUGUUUUUCUUUACUGUAGUCAAAUGGAGCUAGUAAUUUUUAUUGAAAUAUUAAAAAAAAUUUGAUGAUUGAUUGAAACUUGCAACAAACACUCUCACAGCAAACUCUAAGAGACUUGUUUGGACAGCCCUGCCAUCUGUGCACACCUUUAGUUUAUUUUGUUUGAUGACAUUUAAAUUUGCUGAAAGUAGCAUUUCGUUAUCUUUGAAAUAGCGAGUCAAAUAGGACACUUAAAACUGUAUUGUCAUGCUUUUACCGAACCUUCUUUUCAUUUCUACUUUUGUUUAUGGAUAGAGAGUGAAAGGAUUUUGCAUUUUUACAUUUGUUCAGAAACAUAAUUUGACCAGUAAAUAUUCUGGCAAUUCAGAUUUCUCUGAGAAAAUUUGAUUUAAUAAUUUGGAGGCAUCAGAAAAGCAAAAGGAAUUUUCUUUUUUGCAUCUUGAAACCCUUGACAUCUUUGAUGCAAUGAGGCUGUUGUUGCACAAGCAAUGCCAUUAUGCAAGAAUUUGGUAUUUGAGACUAAAUCUUUAUAGUUUUUUCAACACUUAUUUAAGUAGUAGUCAAAACUCCAAAGAUCUCUAGAUCUAAUUCAAUGCCAGUGAAAAAACAAGUAAAAACAAGGAAAUUUCCUGUACAAACUAACUUCUAAUGACAUCAUCCAAUUUUUAAUGUAAAAAGUGCAGGAAAUGCAGAAUCCUGAUUUAAUUUAUGAGUGUCAGGCUUGAUAACUCUCAUUCUAAUUUUGGGCUCUCAGUUUCUUUUUAAUUGCAAAUGGCCGUUGCACUUUACACCGAAGCAAUACAAGUAAUGUUAGACUAACGGGUGGCAAGCACAUUUGACCGUCUAUGACAGAGGCAUUGUUUCUUCAUAUAUUCUUUUCUUGGUAUACAUGUGAUUAUAAUUAACAGAUAUUCUGCAUGGUGUCAAGGCAUAUGCCAUAGCUGACGGUUCAGAAACAUAUUUCAUGGCUGUUACAAAGUUAAAUGUUUUAUAAAGUCCUUCUAUUUUGAAAAAAAAAAAAAAAAAAAACUUUGUGCUAGCAGAUUUUGCUUUGUUCAGAAUGAGCUAGUGCCAGAUCGCUUGUAUUUCAAGUAUCAUCUCAGUUACCUAGCUUUUUUUUUAUUAGGAUACUAGAGUAACUACAUGUACUUUGUGCCUCCUUAAACUGGUAGUGGGGCAAAGACUGGUAUAAAUGCCUGGUCUUGAAAUGGAAGGGUACACAAAUGAGUGCGUCUGUCAGGGCUCUGCCUGCACACUUGUAUCCCUGAUUUCCCUCGGUGUAGUGUGCUGUUCUCAUACGGGUAGCAUUCCACCUCAUUCACCCAAAAAUAUUUCUGUUGUCUUUUGUGUUUUAUGUUACUAAAGGUUGAGUUCGCUUUAUAAAUUUGCUCUCUGUACCUCAGCUGCUCUCAAUGAAGUAAAAGAGUUGGCUUUGAAUCAUUGCUUCUGUGGGUGGGGGGCAUUUUUAUAUUGGUUCUGAAACUUGUAGUCCAUAAACUAGGUCUUUUAAGACUUGCAUGCCUAGGGCAGGACCAGGUUGAAUCUUGGGCUACAUUGACUUCUCAGGGAUUGGGGACACUGUUCCAUUUUUCAUGGCUAACCUGCUUCUAGGUUAUUUCUGAAAGCUUUUUCUAAGGAGAGAAAGUGUAAUUUAAUAGUUUAAGUGUAACUCAUACUUUCAAACUCAGAAUCAUUAUCAGAAUUUUUUUGGAUUGUAAAACUUUUGAUCUAUUUUUAUUUUGUGUUGUAGCAUGUGAAUUUUCUCAUUGCCACCAACUCUUUUUCGAUAUGUCCAGUGCACAUCAUGCUUCACUUAGGGCACUACAAAUAUUUUCUGGUUUUAUUUUUGUUUUCCUAUCAAAAUAAGACCGCAUUUUUAAAACGAAGGUGUCUACUGCUAGUUGCAGUAGCCAAGGUCUGGUGGUUUUAUUAGAAAGCUAAACAUUACUUCUGGAUUUUAUUGCAAUUGUUAAAUUUCUUCUAAAAUGCAAGCAGCCUGUUUGACAGCUUAGAGACAGUUCUUGCAUGCUUUACUAUGUGCCCUUUCAAUGACAAGAUUUUCUCACAAUGUCAACAUGUCAGGAAAUACAUAGAAGAUUUAAUUGCACCCGGCAGACGUAACUACGGCCAUUAACAGGAUAAAAAUAACAUAGAGGUCUUAAAGUUUGCCGACCUCCAACACGCACAAGCUUCAACCCUUAUACUGAAUUCGCACAGGGUGACACACCCAUGUAGGGCAUCAUAUCUAAAUGCAAAAAAAAGACAAGUUCAAGAACAGCGGUCUACUUUUAAUACCACUUCAGCUUCUUGUAAACUUCGAGCAUGCACAUGCUGCAAAAGUAGGAUGGUGGAAGGAGAGGUGCAUGCUGGAGGCGGGGGAUUUGAAGGACGCCUCAUGGAUUUUUGUCCUGUCAGUGACAACAGUUUCCAAACCCCAUAUCUCUGCAAGCUUCUGUUACUAGGGGACCCGCUGAUCAAACAGGCAUGCAUCAGAUCAACAUUGUCAAAUUAGAAUUUUCUGAAACAUUCACCUGUAGGUGAAAUAACUUUGAUACUUGCCUCCUUUGAGUGUUGUAUGUAUCCCUUUUGAUGAGACGACUGUCUUCUGAUAAAUAAGAAAUGUUUAAUUGCUUGCAGUAGCCUGCUUGAGUUAUAGCUGUUUAUUUGUUUUGAAAGCUAGUUGCCAAAGGAUUUUUAUCUGCGUUUUCUAUAUUUACGCGCUAGUGCCCCCUUUUUUACUCUUUUGCUCUCCGUCUGAAUUUGUACAAGGUACAGUGUUGUGGUAACUAAAAGUGACCUUGGUGAGUAGCGUUCCCGUAUUCUGCUGCUGUAAUUUUCCGGUACCACAUAUCCAGAAGCGUGUGUAGGAGUCGCAAAGGGUGACGAGUACCAUGUGCCGUAGAGAGAAUGCGAGACAUAAUGUUCAUCUAUAUACUCUGCGUGUCUGUUGCCAGCUGUACCAAGUAGCUCGCCUACUUGCAUUCCGUCUGUUUCCGUGGUAACCUCGUGAGCUAGUGUUGCUGUGGUUCUGCCGAAGUUCGUGCUGCCUUUAAUAUUUCCACUUUGUUCAAAGAACUGUUGUUACGACAUUUGCUACUUGUCAUGCCCUGGGCGUUUUGUGGCGGUUUUCCACUUAAAUUACCGCGCGGAGUUUUCGCGACCUCAAAUUGAUCAUGCCUACAUUGCAACUUUGUACGCACCUGUCUGCCGGCAUUCUUCACAUGUGUGUGUGAUUUAGCACGCGUGGCGCACUCGUAGUACAUUGAAAAAAACUCUGUUAGCAUGUAAAAUGGUGCUCUAGUGAAAAAAAAAAUCACAAAACUCGCAUAGCAUUGAUGCCGACGGAAAAGGUUUUAAUCUUCUACGAGUGUUCUUUUUUUCUGAACUGUUCUGACGUUCCAUGCUAACUGUGUCAUUUGCCGCAUUAGUCUGCAAAGCUUUUUUUUCAAUAUUCUUGUGAAACACGCGAGUUGGUGUGCCACAACGGCGACUGUGGUCACACCGACAGCUUAAGAAACGCAGGGGCGUGGCUUAUUCACACUUCCUGCUUUGUGAUUCGUUCUGCGUUAUCUGAUGCCGCAAUUUCUUUGGCCACAGAGCGAUAAUAAGAUGCACGAGAUUCGUCACACCCUUGCAGUUCUUAAGCUGUCAGUGAACAUAGCAGUAGAUAUUUUCAGAAUGGCACCGAAGGCUCUACCAGUUCUUUCCGUACUCUCUUUGGCAAGUUCUUGCCUGUGGCCCUUGUCGCAUUUCAACUUAUGUUGGUGAUGAUAACAGCGUGAGCUCCCUCUGUAGAUAAGCCUAGAUUAACCCUUCGGUAAACUGGACCCCAAGACGUUACAAAAAGUGCCUGCUUGUUUUAAUGCGAUCAUUUUAGACUCCAUCUCAUGGUAUUCUUGUCCCCCCAGUGCACCACUUGUAUUCCGAUGCGAUCAUUUUAGACUCCAUCUCUUGGUAUCUUUGUUCCCCCAGUGCACCACUUGUAUUCCUGCGGGAUGAAACGAUAUCCUCUAUGGACGUGUUUUCUAACGGCGUAAAUGACCCCAAGUUUUUUUGUUUUUUUUUUACACAACUGUGUUUUGAAAUUCCAUGUUGUAUUUCUUGCUCCUCCUUCCUCAAAGUAGGAUACACACUUGAUUUUGGAAGCGCAAAGAACACGGGGGCACCAGAGCAAAAGUUUCCUUAUUAGGGAGGGCAGAACCUAGAGUGCCCAAGUGUAAUUUUCUUUGUUGGUCUUUUUUUGAGAGAGAGAGCCGAGUGCACGGAGCAGUGUGUCUAUACAUAUAUAAAUUGUCGCGUUGAGGUCGGUCGAAGUGGGCGUAAGUUUUCUCAUAUUUAUAUCGAAAAAAAAAAAACUAUUACACAGAGCCGAGAGUAGUUUGUGUGUGUUUCUCGGAAGCUUUUGUAAUACGUUAAUAAACCACGUUAAUUAAAA